GGUAAAGAGUCACUUGAUGUAUGCGGUAAGGGAGGAAGUGGAGGUCCUCAAAGAGCAAAUCAAAGAGCUGAUAGAGAAGAAUUCCCAGCUGGAGCAAGAAAACACUCUGCUAAAAACACUUGCGAGCCCGGAGCAGCUUGCCCAGUUCCAAGCACAGCUGCAGACUGGUUCCCCGCCUUCCUCUUCCCAGUCACAAGGGACAACACAGCAGCCUGCUCAGCCGGCAUCACAGGGGUCAGGGCCUUCAGCGUAGUUCAAGAUGUCAUUGCCAUCAUGAUCGCUGGCCUCUGGACUGCCCAGAGCAAGAAGGACUAGCGGGAAUCCGCCACAGCCACCCUUCAUCCAUUUCAAUGCACAUUGCAACCCAGACUGAGGACUCCAUGCCCUGCACACAUCAGGAGAGGCUUUUCCCCUCCGUAUUACGCGCUCAUCUGUCUCUCUCUUUCCUCCCUUCCCCCUUUGGCUUGAAGGAGUCUUUAUUCUUAGGUUGAUUGAAUAAAAUAAACUUCUUCCAGAGAAUUAGCACAAGUACACUGGGGACUUGAGCAGCUUCUGCAAAUGGCUGAGAAACGAAGCUGCAUGCCUGAAUUUUUUUUGGUUUGUUUUUAAAUCUUCCACUCAUCCAGUGAUAUAACUGAUACAAGUGCUUUUCGAGCUUGGAAAUAUGAAGAAAUAGACUUGGAGUAAAAAGUGAUGACUCAAUCCCCUAUAGUGCACUGGGGUUCCAAAGUGAGGACUGGUGCAUAGGAUCUUAAGAGGAAGAGGGAGAAAGGUAAAUUCAGUGUUUAACACUUAAUUGUCACCUGAAACCUUAAGUGCAAAUACUUGCACCGUUUUCUGAAGCAGUGGACAGGUGCAUAAAGCUGUAUUAUAUAUAGAAAGCAGGUAGGUGACGUACAGUUGGGUCAUAGGAUAAUUACAAUGAAGGUUAUUUGCCUACUGUAUAUUUGUGUAUUUAGUGUAAUUACUUUGUAAAAUAGAAAACUGUAACUAUUUAGGUUGUACAGAUUGAAGUUUAGUUGUUUCAUUGGCUGAUCUGAAGAAGUUUGGAAAGUUUUGUGGUUUUUUUUUUUAAUGCUACAUAAAUAAGAAUGCACCUACGCAACUGUUCAGAAUUUGACAGAUUUAUGCCGUUUGUGUAACUUCUGAAGUUCCCUGGCUGCUGAUUAUCUUGAAGUAAAUCUUUGUUCAUUGUAGUUUGGUUCAAGACAGGAAAAACCACUCCAAAAAUUAUCAAACCCUGCUAGCAAAGAAUUAAAAAACAAACAAAAAAAAAAUUGGAUUUCCCAGUAUGGAUUUUUUGCAUAUGAUCUGUAUAGUAGUAUGCAUAUGUUUUUGUGCAUGUUCUCUAAACAGUUGUAACACGUCAAUGUAUUUAACUGUUGCACUUGUCAACUUUCAAUAAAGCAUACAAUGUUGAUAAA